AGAUAGUUCAGAAUUCUUAAGAACGUGAAGUGGCUUUCUAGAAUACUUCAUCAUUUGAGUUUGCAGAAUGAAAAGUUUUACAGUCAGGUGCGGGAAGUCAGUUCUUGGUUGUCUCUGACCUGAGGGAAUGGAGAGUUUGGCGGAAUAGCUGGCAAAUCCUUGGAUGGUUUGCCCUCUCAGCAAUGGGAUGGGAAGGGGGCAGGUGUCAGGCUCUUUGAGGGCCUGGGGGCUGGUUUUAAGUAUUCGAAGUGCUGUUGUAUCCCUGGGGUUCCAUUUGCUCUGUGUGGCCUUCGGAGGCAAACUUAGGAGGGGGAAGGCAAGGAGUUCCUGGGAGGUGGGCUCUGCUGCGCUCAGGGGAGCUCUUGAUUAUUGGCAGAGCUGGCUAGAGACAGUCCAGGGCCCCCAUGCCAGGUGGGUGUGCAGAGACGUCCAGGCCCUCCUUCUGGACCCGUAGACUCCUGACCUUUGAGUUCCUGGAGGUUCUGUGAUUGUGUGGAGCCCAUUAAAAAGAAGGGUCAUGUCAGGUGAUGGUUAAAAGCCUUCAAAUGUUCCUGCGGCUGCCACGAAGUUUCCUGUAUUCAUCCACUGGAGGCUGUAACAGGAACAGCUGCCGUUUCCUGAGCACUUAGCAGGUGUGAGGUAUGGUGUGGAGCACUUUGGAUCCCAGUUGGUUCCCUGAACUAUUCCUAGGGGUGGAUGCUCCAUCUUCGUUUGAGAGGAGGGCAGAGGUUAAGUGAUCUGUCCAGUCUCGCAGAGGAGGCUAUUGGAAGCUCUGGCCCCAAACCCAGUGCUGGUUGGCUCAGAAGCCAGUGGACUUAAUGACACCAAUCGCCUGCCUCCCACAUAAGCAGUGCCCAGCGUGAAAGGUGGGCCCCAGUACAUCUGAGAUGCAACCUCACAAACACAAAGUGUUUUUAAUUUCUAUUUCCUCCCAGUUUCUACAACCUUUCCUUCCUUAAAAUCUUCUAGCCUAGUGGCUGCUAACCUUUUUGCGUGUCAGGAUCCAUUUUUAUGAUCAGAAACAUUCAGGAACUUCCACAUAAUGACAAAUGUACUUUGAGUAGCUGUUUUUUGAGAAAGUUCAAGGACAGAAGCUACUCCUAAUCUAGUGAUGCUUUGAAAUGAAGUUAUGUCAUGUCAUCAAAACAGCAUCUACUGAAAUCUGCAAGCUGAUCUUAGUUGUAUGUGUGUGACACCUAGGAUUGGACCCUCUGCAUCACCGCUGUUUGGGGCCCCCUGUCAGCCCUACUGCUCUCCCUUUUCUAGAAACCUUUCCUGUUUUAAUCCAAGACAGUCUCCCUCUGGCACCGUACAUAACUUAAAAACCCUGCAUUCCGGUUGAUAACAGGUCUUGUGGAUGGAGUUUUCAAUGGGAUUGCAAGCUCCUUAGUAGCGGAGCAUGCGUUGCUCCCCAUGUAUCUAAAACUUCCACAACAGGUGGGUGCUCAGAUGCUUGUUGAUCUUCCUGUGAAGAGGGCUGAUCUUAGGAACUGGCUGUCAGCACUUACUGAGCAGGUACUGGAUGCUGGCACUUUUCAGCACUUAGCAUGCGUUCAAAACUCCCUUAAUCUGUACAGCAACCCAGGGAGGCAGGUGCUCAUGUGGAAACUGAGGCUUAGGGGGCACGCUGCUGGAAGGGAUUGUGCUGGGAUUGGAACCCACCCCCUAGUCUUCACCCACCUGCCACUGCCUUCCAUGUCACCUGAGAGAGCAACAUGGGUACAAGGCAGGCACUUCACUCUCCUGCCUGGGUCUGGAUCUUUUCACCAGAUUCAUCUGUGGGCUCUUUUUAUGCAAGGCGGGAGGAGAGUUGUACCUGAAAUGCUUUAUGCUUUCUCUUGAACUGGCUGAGGAGAAGGCAAGAGGCAUUUGUUCCUUUUUGUUUCAGGCAUUUUUCACCCCGACAGAGAAAGGAUGGCUCUUGUCUUAGAUCCCUGCCUGUUCAUGGACCCUGGAGAUACUGUUCAAAUGAUGCUUUGGGACCCUUUGGCCUCUUUUGGUCAUGUGACAAACCAGACCCUUCCUGGACACCCCUUUCCCCUGGGUUUCAUUCGUCAGGGCCAGAAAGUGGGUGAUGCUUUCUCCAGGCUACACCCUGUGGUGGGGCAGCCUUAUGGCUGCUCUGGAGAUCCCAGUCACUCGUCUGCUGUGUGCCUAGAGGAAUUUCAUAGAUGGCUGGCCUUGAUUCUGUGGCAGGAGGUUCUGGGGUGCAGAUGUCAGCAGUCAGGUGAGUUACUGAUGGAGGAGUAGAUAUGCAGGACCAUGGCUCACAUUGAGAGCCCAGAAGGUGGCCUAGCAGCCAUCCUCCAGGUGCUGGUGGCCCCACUGCCCUGCUCCUGCCUUCAUCUCCAUCCCUCACCCACACCUCUGGUCAUACUUGGCUCAGGGCAGCCUUCUGACCCACCAAGCUGGUGAGUCUGCCUGCACACACUGGGGGCUGUGUGGUUCUUGUACCCUAGAUGGCUUAUUUUGAUAUCCCCUCCCUGCCAUUCCAGCUUAGCUCUCUUGACCCCUCUUGCCAUCCGAUCCCUGGCCCAGCUCUGGUUGGAGUGUGGGACGGUGGCCACAUCCUCUUUCCCCCAGGUGAUCCCCAAGGUAGCUAACUUGAGGUAGUUUCUUAAGGCCAGCCCUCCCAGAAGUCACUUCCGGUAGACACUUCCCAACUUUAUUUACCCCCUCAGUGCAUCUUGCAUCUGUGCUGGCAAGCAGUUGUCAGGCUGGCUUUUUAGUGCUGUCUGAGGGGGUCGCGUGACACUGACGUGUAGGUGUGUAAAAUAGGAGCCAUGUACUCUUUCCGCUGAUUGUUUCACGUUGUUUCCUUCAAGUGUUCGGUUAGGUAGUUGCCAGCAGAGCACCUAUCUUCUACUUCCUUUACUAAUUCUGUUGGCUGAUCUCCCCCAGAGGGAGGGGAGCACUGUGCUCCUGACAGGCGCUUAAACAAGGGUGCUGAUUGGCUCGUGUCACUCAAAGACUCAGAGGUGGGUCUGUUCUCAGGUGAGGACCUGGCUUUGCUCCAUCUCUCUGUUCUGCCUUUUGUGGUGUUACCUUCACACAGUGGGGUGUCUUCCCCCCAGCCCCUGGACCUUCAGGAUUUACCCUCAUUGACCAUCAUCCAAGGGGAGAAAGAGACGGUGACUCUUUACCAGAGGCCCCAGCAGACAUUUCCUUUGCCUUCUCUUUGAUGGAAUUGGCAGGCUAUGUUGGUUGGUUGACCCCUAAAUCUGGGCAUGGUGUUAGUUCCACCCAGCCAGACCCAGAAUAAAGGGGAUGCCUCCAGGAAACAUCAGAGUCCUGUUGAUGGGAGAAGGGGGUAGUGGGACAGGGAGCAAGCUGACAGUGUCCCCUGGUGCGUGCUGGUUUCAUCACCUCUUUAAUGUGAAAGUGCCAUCAUGUAGUUGGCCUUAGUGCUGGGCCUGGGAGACUUGGCUCCAGAUGACAGAAUGGGCGUAACUGAAAUGUAAGGUCCGGAGUAAGCAAUGCUGGUUUGGAUAGUGUGAGGUUGCAACAUGGGGUUCUGAGUACCCACUCCUCCUGGUUGACCCCACAGACUCUGAUUUGCCUGGAGUCACACUUGGGUACCUUACUGUUACAGGGUGUCAGGUUGCAGCUUCUGAGCCCAUCCUGGGCUGAGGAGGACUUCAGGAGAGCCUGUCACAGCACUGCUGCUUCUCCAGUCCCCAUCAUCUCUCCUGUGCAGCAGUACCUCCUGGACCCCACCCAGGCAGGGGGAAGUGGCACAGUCCAGGAGGCCCAGACCCACCCAGGCCCCCUGUAGUCAUGAGGAGGCAGCGCCCAUGACCCGGGCAAGAGCCGAGUUCCCCAGAUGUCUGUCCUCUCGGCUCAGAGGCACUGACAGGCCCUGGAUGGGGACUGGGAGGUCUAGUCGCAUCUGAUUGUCCUGCCCAUUUCCUCUUGUCUGUCCCCUCCCUCUGGUUAAGCUGGGUAACCGGAAACUGGUACCUGCAUUUCCGGGCCUGGCUUCUUCCCCUUUGAUUAACUGAGAGGGAUGGGUCAGGUGAUCUUUGUGGCCUCCUCCAUUUUUCCCUCCCUGUGUUUAUAAGGGUCUCUCAGCAAGACCUGAAGUUGGUGAGGUCUGUUCCCUCUUUGCUGGAUGCUGGCAGCCUGGCAGUGACAGAAGUGGACUACGUUCAAUUUUAGGCGCAAUCGGAGCAGAAAAGACUUCUUCCACGUGAUGGGAAACACAGCAGCUCUGGAUUGUGACUUCUUGAAGGCUAGGCCACUGAAGACGAAGGAAUUCUCUCACUUGCUUCCAGUGCGGAAGCUCCUGGAGAAGCACUCCACUCAGCCCGGCGGUGGGGUGAAGGGGCCUCGUAAGAAAAUGGCAGUGCCCGCAGGAAGUCGGGGAGGAGCUUGCAGAAGCAGGGUCUGCUGUGCAGACACAAGCUACAGGUGCUCCGGACUGCUGUAGCCUUCCUAUGUGGCAGGAUGAAAAUGGUGAGGGCCCUCAUCUGGGGUGGGGAUCGGAGCUGUCUUAGGGUUUCUGGUGAACCUGCUUUUCAGCUCCACUCGGAGUUAGGGGAGUGGACACCUGCUCAUUGCCCUGGGAUUGACGCUCCUCUGUUAGGAGUACAGUGGACAUGGUUUUCUAUCCUGUCCGGUGGUGGGCUCCCCCAAAUUGGGAAGUAGGAAGGGGCAUCAUCUGCUUUGUAAGAUGAGCUGACCUUGGGCACAAGGAUGCACUUGUGUUUGUCACUCCAGGCUCUCUUCCUGGGUCACCAUGCUCUCCUCGGUGCCCACCACAGGGUCAGCACUGAAAUGCACCCCCGCAGGAAUGAACGAGGCCUGAGGCCCAACACUGAGCAGUGCCCAUCAUCCUCCAGGGCCUUUGCACCUUGCUGUAUCAGCCUGUCCAUUCUCUCUAGACCCCCUGCACGCAGUGCCUCUUUCCCCUGAGCAUUUGGCUCUGCCCUGCACUGUUCAGCCUGUCUGCCUUCAAGGCUUUCCCCAGGGGUCUCAGAACCAUGGCUUCAGCAGCGCCUGGACCCUAGCUUUCCAGCUGACUGCUGUCUUAGAUGUGCGAGCAGCCCAGUCCAAAGCGGAUGCCCCUUCUUUCCUCCUGCCUUUGACGUGCUGCUUUGUAUCACUUGUAUCUGGUGUUGCCGUGGGCUACUCAGAGUAGCCCUGGGGUCCCACACCCAUGGUAACCCCCUUCCUGCCAAUGGGAUCUCCACGGACAUCUAGCACAGUUGCUUACCAGCCAGUCUCCUGCCUCCUGCUCUUUCCUCCCUACUGGCCACAGAGUAAGUGCCUGAAAACACGGACUGGAAUGUUGCAUCUCAUCUGUUGGGGCCGAAUGGCUGACUGGAAAAAGGCUGAGUUUUUUAGGUGACAUAUACUGGAGAAGACAGUCUUUCUGUGGGUGGAAAAUGGGCUUUGUCGUUGGGCAGAACUGAGUUGGAAUCUUGACUCUGCUCUUCACCAUGCAGCCUUGGAUGAGCUUAGGUUUGCAGCAUUAGUUUUCUCAGGAGAAUGUACAUACACUGCUUAGGAAGGCUGUUGAGAAUGGGACGAAUGGGACGUGGCCCUGGGCCUGAAGCGUCCUGGGUGCUGACAUGCGUGGUAGCUAACAGUUCACAGGCUUGGUGGUGGGUAGCCCAUCCAGCUCCCAUUCCCUUCCUGCCCUUCCCUCUCUCUGGUCCAUGCCCAUUGGAUGGUUAGUGACUAGGGACUAGCCAAUCAUGGGGCUGCAUCUUCCUGGCCAGUGAUUGGUUCAAGGGUGGGCCUGUGACCCAAUCAAAGCCUGUGCAAGUUUUAGCCCUUUGCUGGGGUAAUUGGGGGAGACUUGAAUGGGAGAGGGUAUGAGCAGGUUGCCGCUGGGGUCUGCUGCCUUCGGACGGCCUGCCCAGGAGUGAGACCAGCCCAGAAGUGUGGGGAGGACUAAGUUACCAUGGCCUGGCUGGCCCAAGAUCCGGAACAUGGUAGCGGUGCAGGAAGUCAUCUCCAGCUUGGAGAAAUACCCCAUCACCAAAGAGGCACUCGAGGAAACGCGACUUGGGAAGCUCAUCAACGACGUCCGCAAGAAGACGAAGAACGAGGAGCUCGCCAAGCGGGCCAAGAAGCUGCUGCGGAGCUGGCAGAAGCUCAUCGAGCCUGUGCACCAGAAUGAGGCGGCGCUGCGGGGGCUGGCGGGCGGCCCCGGCUCUGCCAACGGGGGUGCACACAACUGCCGGCCGGAGGCGGGGGCGGCCGGCACACCCAAGAGCAUCCACGACCUGAAGAACCGCAAUGACAUCCAGAGGCUGCCCGGGCAGCGGCUGGACAGGCUGGGCAGCCGCAAGCGCCGGGGGGACCAGCGCGACCUUGGCCACCCUGGGCCGCCUCCCAAGGUCUCCAAAGCAAGCCAUGACUCCCUGGUACCCAACUCAUGCCCCCUCCCCACCAAUGGGAUCAGCGGCAGCCCCGAGAGCUUCCCUGGGCCCCUGGACGGCAGUGGGCAGGUGGGCCCCGAGGGCGGCCGCCUGGAUCCUGGCGAGAUGGAUAAGCACAGCGGCAAGAUCCCCGUCAACACUGUGAGGCCGCACACCAGUUCCCCGGGCCUGGGCAAGCCCCCCGGGCUGUGCUUGCAGACCAAGGCUGCAGUGCUGCAGCGGCUGGACAGGGUGGACGAGACUUCGGGGGCCCCCCCACCCAAGGGGCCUCCUCGCUGUUCCUUCAGUCCCCGGAACUCACGGCACGAGGGCUCCUUUGCCCGGCAGCGGAGCCCGUACACACCCGGGGGCUCCGUGCCCAGCCCCCCGCCACAGCCCCAGGCGCUCGAUGCCACGCAGGUGCCGUCACCGCUUCUGCUGGCCCAGCCGUCCACGCCCCCUGUGCGGCGGCUUGAGCUGUUGCCCAGCGUGGAGAGCCCAGUGCGCUGGCUGGAGCAGCCCGACAGCCACCAGCGGCUGGCAGGGCCCGGCUGUAAGGCGGGGCUGCCCCCGGCCGAGCCCCUCCUGCCCCGGGCAGGCUUCUCUCCGGACUCCUCCAAGGCAGACAGCGAUGCUGCCUCCUCUGGUGGCUCGGACAGCAAAAAGAAGAAGAGGUACCGGCCUCGCGACUACACGGUUAACUUGGACGGGCAGGUGGCCGAGGCGGGCAUCAAGCCGGUCCGGUUAAAAGAGCGGAAGCUCACCUUUGACCCCAUGACAAGACAGAUCAAACCUCUGACCCAGAAAGAGCCGGUGCGGGCCGACAGCCCUGUGCACAUGGAGCAGCCCAGGACAGAGCUGGACAAGCCUGAGGCCAAGGCCAGCCUCCAGAGCCCUUUUGAACAGACGAACUGGAAGGAGCUGUCACGCAAUGAGAUCAUCCAGUCCUACCUGAGCCGGCAGAGCAGCCUGCUCUCGUCGUCAGGCGCGCAGACCCCGGGGGCUCACCACUUCAUGUCCGAGUACCUGAAGCAGGAGGAGAGCAGCCGGCGUGGGGCCAGGAAGCCACACGUGCUGGUGCCUCAUGGCCCGCCCACAGACCUCCCGGGGCUGACCCGGGAGGUCACGCAGGACGAUCUGGACAGAAUCCAGGCCCACCAGUGGCCGGGGGUGAACGGGUGUCAGGACACACAGGGUAACUGGUAUGACUGGACGCAGUGCAUAUCGCUCGACCCGCAUGGCGAUGACGGGCGGUUGAACAUUCUGCCUUAUGUCUGCUUGGACUGACCGCCCGGCGGCCUCGAAGUGCAUUCCCACCUUGCAGUUAGCCGGGGCGGGCGGGGGCCGGGGCCCAGCCACCUCCAGGGGUUGGGAACCUGAGACUCUGGCCCAGGGCAGGCUGGCGGGAGGGGGCAGGAGUCUCUGCUCUGCCCUCAAAAUUCUCCUUCUUUUGUGAAAUGCUGCUACCAGUUUACUAACAAAAUUGCAAAGGAAGGACCGCGUGGAAGAAAGGCCGGCAAAGUGAGUUCAGAACUCAAUAGCAAACCAGCUAUAAAAAGCGUUAGUCCCCACCCCGGAAGAGGUGUGGAUGCUUCCCAGCACCGGAAGCUGGGCCCUCAGUUGCAGGCAGGCACAGAAAACCUGUGGGAGAGGUUACCUUUAACACAGCAACCGAAGCACGCAUCUCAUCGAUUUGCAUUUUCUGUUUUUUAAUUUUACCCUGAGUGUCUGAGGCAGUGGGCAAACCCGUAGCCUCUGUGUGUACCUUACCUGGCCAGCGUUUCCGUCAUGGUGCCAGAAGCUUCUCAGCUGUAGUGAGCUGCUGGCACCGGGUAGGCCACCUGGCCAGCCAGUUUGACCCACACUCCAUGGGCAUCCACACAUUCGUAUCUGAUUCCAGUUAAAACCUAGUUUUUAAAGAAAUGCUGCAAAAAUUUAAGUUUUCUAGUGUUUAUUUCAUCCCCCUCUUCCAUCUGACCACCAGCCAAAUAAUUUUCCUUUCUUUCUCCCUGUUCAUUUUCCCCUUCCUGCACAUAUCUAGAAAAUUUCACCUUUCUAGAGUCCCCUCCCAAAAGACACAAAAGUAACUGCGGGUGCUACUGGUGUGUAAGCUGUCCUGUUGGGCGUGGAGACCUGUCUGUACGCUGGAAACACUCAUAACCAUUCCUUUAGAUUCGUUUGCCUUAUGGUUAUUGUCAUAAAUGCGAUUUGCAAAAACAAGGAGCCUUAGUGAAUGUACAGUACCUAGACUUCUGUGUUCUCAGGACGCAGAAGGGAGCAACUUUGCUAUUUGGUCCAGUAAGUGGACACCUUGUGAUAUAAAUGUGGAAAUAAAAAAAAAAAAAAAAACAUUUGCACAAACCAGUCUGAGAAUCGUUUCUCAUUUGGUCCUUUAUGGCCAAAUCAGCCCUUUCUGGAUUCUGGACUAGUGGAGAAGACCUGGACCCCUGUCUGAGGUUCAGGCCCCACAGCUAGACUGCAGAGAGGUGGGCAGGGCAAAGAGGCCAAGCCAGCCUGUUGGCCUUCUGCGUGGAAACUGACCUCCACCUGCCUUUCAUUCAUUCAGGGCCACGUGUUGCCUCUCCCCCCUCCAGGGUCACCUGCUAGCUUUGGGUGACAGAAACCAAGGAUCCACACCAAGGAAUGUUAUCCUGGCUCCAUCCAGACCUCACCUGCCCCAGAGAAAGAAGCCCUCCCAAGAAGGCUCUGUGGCCCAGGUCUCAGUGACUUUGUUUUGCCCCCCAAAAUAUUUGUAGUUCUUACAGGGCAUAGCUCAAAGCCAUGUCUGGCAGUGCACCCCUUGGCCACGGCCCCAGGCUGCCAGCUCCCCAUGCAGCCCUGGGGCUAUCUUAGUAUCUGGCUGGUGCUGAUAUUUAAAGAAAAAAACUUUUCUCCCUUGACUGUGAAGUAACAGUCUUUUAAUUCUGCCUCCCGUCCCUGAAACCAUAAGCUAAGACUUGAGUUUUGUAGUUUUUUCACUCCAGAAUAGAUCAUCUUGGACAUAUCUACUUAAUUUCACAGUUGGGGAAGUAGCUGCCCCUUAAGAAAGGUGGCCCCACAGGGCAAACCAAGGGGUCCAGGAACAGUCAGCCCAGAACCACAGUUUCAGAUCCAGCAGGGAUUUCUGACUCAGCCUUGGUGCAAGACACAUGCAGCCCAGAAAAGGGCAGGGGCUGCAGUGGCUUUGAGGGCAGUCUGGUGGAACUCCAGACCGGCCACCUACCAGCUGUGUGGCUCUGGGCUAAUCACUUCACUCCUGUGUACAUGUCCCCAUUUGGGAGAUGCAAGUGCUUAUGCCAAGAGUUGUGAAGACUAAGUUAAAUGACCAAAGUUUAGAAAAAAAAAAUCAUGUCAGAGGAGCUGUUUGUGCUGUGGAGUUACUUUCCUAAUUUCACAGUGCCUGUUUCUCGUAAUGUGGCCAGCCCCAUGGCUCUGGGUUGUCCCAAGGAAGUGCCAUUACUCUGUGACAAAGGGUCAUAGGCACAGCUGGAAGGUAUCGGGGUGUGUGCAGGCUGGCACCCUAUGAGCAUCUCCUUGUCUCAGACCAGGGUUUUGGCACAGGUCGCUGCUCCCCCGCCUACUGCAGGGACCACCUGGCCUGUGUCUGAGUACCCAGUAAGCCCCCAAGCCCCAGGGUAAAGAUACUGCCUGCCUUUGAGAACACAAGGUUAAGUUGGGAAUCAAUGGGUUGUCACUUUCUAAUCUGCCAAGUAAGGACACUGUAAAACGGAACUUUUAACCCCUUCCCCCCAAAAACUUGUUGGAACAUGAUUUUUAGAACAAAUUAAAGUCCUUCAGGUAGUAUAAAAUCAUCUUGCUGAAAACACCGUCUCGUUUUCCUCCGCUGGGGCCCGGGGCUUAUUUCUCCCGCCGGUCCUGGGGCAUCAGCAGUCAGGGCCGGCAGUCCCCCUCCUGCAGAGCCCUGGAGACAGGUCCCCGAGGAGCCUGCCGCGGCCACGGCUCCCGAAUUGGCCAAGCGGCCUAAGCCGAGUCGCUUCCCUUGUCUGGGCUUCGGUCAGUCCGUCUGUGAGAGGGAC